AUGAUUCAUAAAUCUACUUCAUCUUCAAUCAACUUAUCAUUAUCUGGAUGUGGAUUCUUAGGUGUUUAUCAUAUUGGUGUAAUAUGUGCAUUUAAAGAGCAUGCUCCCGAAAUUCUCGAGAAUAAAAUGGCUGGGUGUUCAGCCGGCUCACUUGUUGCGGCAUGCGCAAUGAGUGGAUGCUGCCUUGGACAGAUGUGUAGUGACGCUUUAGAAAUAGCUAUUCGUGCGCGAAGCCGGGCAUUGGGACCUUUGCAUCCAACAUUUAGCAUAGUGGAUAUCAUACGAAAUGGUUUACGACGAAUUUUACCGCCUAAUGCACAUGAGAUUUGUUCCGGACGAUUAUUUAUUUCUUUAACGCGUUGGAAAGAUAACAAAAAUGUGAUUAUUAGUCAAUUCCAUAGUCGUGAAGAACUUAUUCAAGUACUUAUCUGUUCAAGUUUCGUACCAUAUUGGUCAGGAAUCAUUCCGCAUAAAUUUCGUGGAGAGUACUAUUGGGAUGGUGGAUUAACAAAUAAUAAUCCUAUCAUUGAUGAAGGAACUAUUUUAGUUUCACCAUUCGCUGGUGAAAGUGAUAUUUGUCCUCGAGAUGAAUCUGGAUCAUUCUAUAGUGUUGAUUUUCGAGGUACGGAUAUUUCAUUUACGCAAGAGAAUCUCUAUCGUAUGACUCGUGCUCUCUUUCCACCCAAUUUGUCAGUAUUGAAGCAAAUUUGUUGGCGAGGUUACAUUGAUGGUUUGAAAUUUCUUCAAACAAGAAAUAUGAUUAAAUCUUCACAUUUGAGCACAAAAGCAACAAUAUCAUCUGUACUUGGAAGUGAUUAUACCGAACCGGCAAAUGAUGAAGAAAAACAAUUGCGUAACGAAGGAAUUGUACAGGAUGCUGAUAAGAUAUACGAAGAUAUUGACCUUAAUGGUGAUGAUGAUGAUGAUGAUAUGAUAGAAGAAGAAUCAAUUCAUUAUGAUUAUUCAUCAGACGAUGAGUCAGAAAAGGAUAAUAGCCAGAUGGUAUUUAGUCCUUUUUGUGAGAAAGUUACAAGCAAAAAAGAAUUACCGACUCCAUUAUUUGCUGUCUUUGCUGAUGCGAGACAAAAAAUCGAAGAUCCUAUUGGUCGAUAUUUCACAGAAUCUAAUCUUUAUCGAAUAUGGUCAUUGAUGACUUUACCUGUCACACUACCAAUUGAUCUGACUUAUGCGUGUGCUAAACGAUUGUUAAGUGUCUUACGUCCAACAUCACCUUCUACUGAUCAGUCAUCGAAUCGUGCAAUGAAUUUCUUCUGGUCUUUGUUUGGUGACAACGAUGAUAAGUACUGUUAUCAUGUCAAUGAUUGUGAAUGUACAGAAAGUCGUGUUUCGUCGUCAUCUCAUCGUCACUAUCAUCGUCGUCGUGCACGUCGAGUUCGUUCUCGAUUGUGUCAACGACAGACGAGCGCACCGAUGAGUACAUUCACCCGGACAUCUUAUCAAUCAGAUUCAUCAAGUGAUACUGGUGAUGAAGAUAUUUUAACAGUAGAUAAUGAUGAAAUAUCAGCUGAACAUCUACCCCAACCGGAUAUUAUUCAAUCGACAAUGAAUGAAGAAUAUUGCCAUCAUUUGCAGCAAAUGGCUGAAUUGUCAAAUCAACAACGAUUCCACGAACAGUCAAUUCCAUUCUUUGGUCAAGAUGAUCAUCUACUAAAUGCUGAAACUAGUCAAAUACCAACCUCAACACUUGAAAAAACUCUUUUAUUUAAUUGCUAA